CUCCCAUCCAGCUGGCGGCCCUGUUGUGUUUCUGGGUUCGUCACCAACUAGAACGUCCCAAGAUUCCUUGACUAGAACACGGAAGUAGGAUUGGUAACGAGGUUUUAUUGUUCUUUGUGUGCAGUAAAGAAAGACAUACUUACUAAACUAAAUAGGCUACCCAUCUAUAAUUUGACAGAAAAUGUCUAAACUACAGAUGUUGUGUGUGUUUUUAAAUGAUCGUUUAUCGGCGGCUGCUGUGGAUAUUUUUGGUGCAGUUGAGAAAACGGUAGUGGAGUACCAGGAGGAGAAUGAUCGGCUACGGAGACUGCUGCGGAGGACACCAGAGAUACAACUAUGUCGAAUAGAACCCGUGCAGCUCUCUGUCUCUGAAGAGGAGGUUCCCCCUGAGCAGCAGCACUGUGAGCAGGAGUGGAGCCCCAGUCUGGGGCAGAAGGACCCAGAGACCAAACAGAUUAAAGAGGAACAGGAGGAAGUCAGGACCAGUCAGGAGGAAGAGCAGCUUCAAGGGGUGGAGCCUGAUAUCAUAGAGUUCAUAUUUACUCCUCCUUGUGUGAAAAGUGAAUGUGAUCAGGAGGACCCACGUCAAGAUCCCAUACUAGCUGAACACCCAACUCUCAGUCCACCUAAAAUGUCUAAAUUACAGUCGUUUCAAGAGUUUUUAAAUGAGCGUUUAACGGCGUUUGCUGCUGUGGAGAUUUCCGGGGAAUUUGCUAAAGCAGUAGCAGAGUACCAGGAAGAGAAUGAUCGGCUACGGAGACUGCUGCGGAUCACACCGGAGAUUAAACUAUGUAGAAUAGAAUCCCUGCAGCCCUCUGUCUCUGAAGAGGAGGUUCCCUCUGAGCAGCAGCACUGUGAGCAGGAGUGGAGCCCCAGUCUGGGGCAGAAGGACCCAGAGACCAAACAGAUUAAAGAGGAACAGGAGGAAGUCAGGACCAGUCAGGAGGAAGAGCAGCUUCAAGGGGUGGAGCCUGAUAUAAUAGAGUUCAUAUUCUCUCCUUCCUGUGUGAAAAGUGAAUGUGAUCAGGAGGACCAAACCCAGACUGUGGAGAACAGAGAGAGAGACUCUAAACUAGUGGAUCUCAAACCUUCUGGCACUGUGACCCACAUUAAGGGUCUCAACAUUCCAUGUGACCGUCCAGGUAAUCAAAACAAUGCCUCCAGCCACAGUUCAGCUGUAGGCAGAGACCCAGUAGGACUUGACAACAGUCCACUGUUGGAUACCAGCCCAACAUUGGAUCGAAACCCACCAAUGGGGGAACAUUGUUCCAAACCCAACACCAUGUCUAGAAGAACUCACCACUGUCAUGACUGUGGUGAAACAUUUGCUCUGAAAGCUGACCUGAAGAGACAUGUGACUCUCACCAAGAAGAGACCCAGUGAAUGUAGCUUUUGCAAAAAAAGCUUCAACUCCACCUGUAAACUGAAGGCCCAUGUCCGACUCUGUCACAUUGGGAAACCCUGUGGCAUGACCUUCAAACACAACCUGCCCAAUCACAUGAGGAUUCACACAGGAGAGAAAUCAUUUAGCUGCGGUGACUGUGGAAAAAGCUUCAAUCGGAAGAUGAGCCUAACUGAACAUAAACUGACUCACACAGGAGAGAAACCAUUUAGUUGUGGUGACUGUGGGAAAAGCUUCAAUCGGAAAGGCCACCUAACCAUACACAAACUGACUCACACAGGAGAGAAACCAUUUAGCUGUGUUGACUGCGGGAAAAGCUUCAAUCGGAAAGGUCACCUAACCAUCCACAAACUGACUCACACAGGAGAGAAACCAUUUAGCUGUGGUGACUGUGGGAAAAGCUUCAAUCGGAAGGGGCACCUAACCAUGCACAAUCUGACUCACACAGGAGAGAAACCAUUUAGCUGUGUUGACUGUGGGAAAAGCUUCAAUCGGAAGGAGCACCUAACCAUGCACAAACUGACUCACACAGGCGAGAAACCUUUUAGCUGUGGUGACUGCGGGAAAAGCUUCAAUCAGAAAGGGGACCUAAGGAGGCACAAACUGAUUCACACAGGAGAGAAACACCAUAGCUGCUCCGUCUGUGGUAAAGGAUUCACUCAGAAGACGAAUCUGCUGAGGCAUGUGGAUAAAGUCCACAAAGGAAGAAAACAGGACAGAAACUGAAAGGGAAGGGGGGGAUACCUAGGUAGUGUUCCAACUGAAUGCAUUCCACUGAAAUGUGUCUCCCGCAUUUAACCCAACCCCUGUGAAUCAGAGAGGUGCUGGGAGGGGCUGCCAUAAUCGCCGUCCACGUUGUCGGCACCCGGGGAUCAGUAGUUUUUUAUUUUAUUUUACCUUUAUUUAACCAGGCAAGUCAGUUAAGAACAUUCUUAUUUUCAAUGACGGCCUAGGAACGGUGGGGUUAACUGCCUUGUUCAGGGGCAGAACGACAGAUUUGUACCUUGUCAGCUCGGAGAUUCGAUUCAAGCAACCUUUCGGUUACUGGAAAGAACAUUAGGACAAAGAGAUUGUCUGGGGGGAAAAUAAUGAAUGGCAAUAUCAAUAUCAAAUACUUAGGAUCCUUAAUGAGUGACAACGAACAACAAAUAUAUACAGAUAACUUUAUUCCAUUACUCAACUAUAUGAAAGCAGAUCUAAUUCAAUGGAAUCAUCUUCCUGUAAAUCUUAACAGAUAAAAGAAACCUCUUCAGAAUAGCAUAUGGCUCCUAAAGGUUUUUGUAUUUAUUUUCGGUAAUACCAAUUACCCAUCUGAAUUAUUAUUAUUUUUUAAGUAUACUGGGUCAUAAGUCUAUAUGAUCACGAUACAGCCACAUGAUUGGUCAGUGGGGGAGUGGGGUUAGAGCCACAUGAUUGGUCAGUGGGGGAGAGGGGUUAAAGCCACAUGAUUGGUCAGUUGGGGAGUGGGGUUAGAGCCACAUGAUUGGUCAGUGGGAGAGAGGGGUUAAAGCCACAUGAUUGGUCAGUGGGGGAGUGGGGUUAGAGCCACAUGAUUGGUCAGUGGGGGAGAGGGGUUAAAGCCACAUGAUUGGUCAGUGGGGGAGUGGGGUUAGAGCCACAUGUGAUUGGUCAUAAGUCUGUAUAUGAGCAAAUAGAAUAAAAAAGGUUUCCAUCUUCCUGAGUCUGAGGGGUGGUUUUACCUCCCUGAGUCUGGGGGUGGUUUUACCUUCCUGAGUCUGAGGGGGGGUUUUACCUUCCUGAGUCUGAGGGGGGGUUUUACCUUCCUGAGUCUGAGGGGGG